UAUAUUCUACUGCAAGUCGAGCAAUACGUAACACGUGCAUCUAGACAUAAACUAUGAAUUCGUUCGACAGUCCUGUGGGUAGCAAGGGGGGUAUUUCGUCUGCAGACAGAGAUAAAAUAUUAGCAGCAGCACAGCAACAGAUUACAGCAUCUUUUAACCAAAUGAUCCUAGAGAAAAUAAAUGACAAGUGCUUCCACAAAUGUAUAGAAAAGCCAGGUGCCUCACUUUCAAGCUGGGAGGAGAAAUGUUUAACCAUGUGUAUGGACCGUUAUUUAGACACAGUGCAAAUAGUACAACGAGUGUAUCAUAGGAAAUUACAAGAAGGCAUGGGAAGUCAGUAGUACAUUUUACCAAUAAAAAUCAUAAAACUUUAUUUGACAGUGUACAUAGGAUGGCAUGCAUAUACAUCACAAUGAGUGGGAUUCUUCAGCUGCACAGAGAGUGAAAGAAAAAGUGAACAAAACUUCAUUUCCGACCUGGCAUGUCAGAAAACUCCAAAUCUUCCGUAGAAUGUGCACAUUAAUCAUAACAGUCACAUGAUCUUCAUGUUAAUGGAUUUCUAUUAUUGUAAGACAGUUUGAUUUUUUACAACGACCUUGGUGAUUUUAUACUUGAGAUGUAGAUAAGUUGCAUAAAGCAAGUUGGACAUAAAUCAUGUUUCUCUAACAACAGCAUGACGGGCCAACUCAGCAUUGAGGAAUCAGACCAACAAUUCAGUUGUAUUAUUUUGGUUGUAUAUUUGAGUUUACAUUAAUUGGUAUUCUGAAGAUGGAUAAUGAACUUUGCUUUUUGUCAGCAUAUUGUUGUUACAGUCUUAAGUUAGCAAAAGAGAUCUACACCACUAUAAAGUGAUUUGCUUUUUAAGUAAACAUCUAAAUAAACCAAAUUCACAUGGAAAA